UCGAGUCUCCAGUAGACAGGAACCGCACUGCUAGCUUGCUUCACUUGACUUGAACACCCUCUGAGCUAGUACAAGUGUACAACCUUAAAAAAGAAGAAGAAGAAGAAAUCAAAGAUCACUCUCGUAAACUCUAGUUAGAACCCAGUUACAAUGGCCGAAGCAGAGAAAGGAUCAGCUACGACAGGCUCCAACGAAGGUAAUGGUAAGGAGGAGAUAUCAUUGAAAGACAAAGGCAAUGAAUUCUUUAAAGCAGGGAACUAUCUCAAAGCUGCUGCUCUUUAUACUCAGGCUAUCAAGCUUGACCCUUCAAAUCCCACUCUUUAUAGCAAUCGUGCUGCAGCAUUUUUGCAAUUGGUCAAGCUUAAUAAAGCACUUGCUGAUGCCGAGACAACUAUCACAUUGAAUCCUCAAUGGGAAAAGGGAUAUUUCAGGAAAGGGUGUGUAUUAGAGGCCAUGGAACAGUAUGAUAAUGCAUUGGCUACUUUUCAAAUAGCUUUACAAUACAAUCCACGGAGCACUGAAGUAUCAAGAAAGAUUAAGAGGAUAUCCCAGUUGGCCAAAGACAAAAAACGAGCUCAAGAGGUUGAGAGCAUGAGAUCCAAUGUUAACAUGGAAAAACACUUGGAAACAUUGAAAUCUGAAAUGUCUGAAAUGCUUGGAUCCGAAGAAUGUUUUAAAGAAAUGUUCUCCUUUCUUGUUGAGACUAUGGAGACAGCUGUAAAAUCAUGGCAUGAAGCUUCUAAAGUGGAUCCUAGAGUCUACUUUCUUCUUGACAAGGAAAAGACACUAACUGAUAAAUAUGCUCCAGUUGUCAAUAUUGACAAGGCCUUUGAAUCACCCCAUACACAUGGCAAUUGCUUCUCAUUUCUUAGGCAAUAUGCGGAGGAUUCUUUCUCCAAGGCAGCUUGCGUAGUGGUGCCAAAGAAUAUCAUAUCUUAUCCACAGGUUUGGAAAGGUCAAGGAUCAAGAAAGUGGAGGCAUGGGCAGCAUGAUGGCAUCUUCGUUCAAUAUGAGUCACCUUUAAUGCGAAAAAUAUGGUUUAUUGCUAGCAGCAAUGAAAAGGGGCAAACACUGUGCAGGGAUCCAGAGAUUCUAGAUAUUAGUGCUCAUGAAGUGCUGCCACGCCUUUUCAAAGAAAAGAUGCCAAAUCCUUAAUUCCCUGUAUUUUCUUGGCAAUCUACUAGAGGAUAAUACAAUGCACUCAUCAAUGGGAAAUUUACAUGUGAAAUGAGAACAGACAGCCGCAAGCCUUUCUGGCUUGCCUUGAUGUGGCGCAGAAGUUCCUGGUUAGAUGUGGUAACUGAUAAGCACAUGCGAGAAGGUUAUUUUUGUUAGCCAUAUCGAUCAUUUGUUCAGUUUUGAGCACUUACUGAUAACUUGCGAGCUUCUUUGAGUUGUUGCAUUUCUAGAUGCUUUUUCUUGUAUGGUUUGCUUUUCUUGCAUUGCUCGUAAAUUGAGCGAGUUAUUUCAUAUCCCGGGUAUAAAAUGCUAGCGUUGAUGUCUUGAAAUUUUGCAAAUGGGUAGCACAACUCAGUCCUGAUUCCUAGGCUAUUUUAUCUUUUUUGGGCUUUGGUGAAUGAUGCAAGUCGCCCCAUCUUUAUCUCUGUAAUUGUUUUGGAUUUUUUUUUAUUGAUUGUUGAAGUUCUGGAGCAUUUUAGCUCUUUUAUCUUCUAUCCUUUUGCUAAAAUAAUGAAUAGUAAUGGAUUCAAACC